AUGAUACAGCUGGCUCAUGAAGGACAUUCGGGUGAGUCUCUCAUGAAACGGUUGAGGGAUCGCGCAUGGUGGCCCAUUAUGGAUCGAGAAACAAAGGAAUUUGUGAUUAAAUUCGAGGGAUGUCAGCUGGUCGGACUUCCCAGUAAACCGGUUCCGAUGAGUCGUCGUGAACUGCCAUCAAAGCCGUGGGUCGAUGUCGCGAUAGAUUUUAUGGGUCCACUUCCGUCUGGAGAACAUUUGCUGGUAGUAAUUGAUUAUUUCAGCAGGUACAAUGAGGUGGACGUCAUGAUGCGUAUAACAUCUCGUGAAACGGUGGAUAGGCUGAAUAAGAUAUUCAUCAGUUCUUGGAUAUCCUAG